AUGACCACCGGCGGCGAGAAGGCAAGGGAGAAAGCAAAGAGGACGAAACGUGAAUAUAAAAAGAGACAUGACACUAAGCGUCAGGAUACCGGUGAUGGAGGUUAUGAGAGGAAGACGACUGUUUCUUCUUCCAGCUCGGCUAUUCCGUCGUUAGAGCUACCCAUGCUCAUGCCCAUACCGGUCGCCGACCCUCGUCCUGCGGAUGUGCUACACCCAAAGCCACGCCAGAUGAACUUGUCUUGUACAAAAAAAUCCGAGAUAAUUGGUCAGGAGUAUAAAUUCUAUGAUAUUGCGGACAAAUAUACCUAUGCAAUUGAAGACCCGGGUUUCCCACACAUUAGAUAUCGACAAACCGAUGUACCGCCUUACCAUUCACGAUUCAGCUUCGAAGACUCUCCUGCCUGUAUCACUUUCACAGAAGAUGCCCGAGGAGUAAGCACCAGUGACCCAUGGCAUUCAGCUCGAGCAAAUGUCUGCGCACGAGAGGGGACCUACUAUUAUGAAGCCAAGGUGGUAAGCGGAGUGAUUCGAGGCUCACAGCCGGGGCCAUCACCUCGUGGGAAUAUACGACUUGGAUUUGCGCGCCGUGAAGCUGACCUUGAUGUGAAUGUCGGCGUUGACUGCUAUGGUUAUGGUAUUCGGGACGUUAAUGGCGAGGUUGUUAACAGAAUGAGAUGCGAGUACUUUUUCCCCAAGGACGAAUCCAUCUGUGAAGGCGAUGUGAUUGGCAUGUUGAUCACCCUUCCACCGCUUGAACUGCACAAGAAGGUCGUUGAAGGGACGUACGAACCGCCUGCUGAAGGGGAUGAAAUGGAUGUAGACCAUCCAACCUCCCAGCCGGUACCGAUUAAUUUCAUCCGGGAUCGAAUUCCAUUCCAUCUAAAGUCUGAUUUUAUGUAUCAGCAGAGCCAUGUCUUUGCUUCGAAACAUCUCCGAGAUUAUGCCUUCAAUCUCAAAGAGACCCCUACUUAUGGGCCUCCUUCUCCAGGAAAUGCAGAAGAUGCUUCCCUUCGAACACUCCCUGGCUCCAGCAUUACUAUCUUUAAGAAUGGGGUUAAAAUGGGAACUCCCUUUCAGAAUUUAUAUGCUUUCCUUCCACCAGCUUCUCGGUUUGCACAAGCAAGCAACAACUUGGGAAUUGGCGAACGAGAGAAUGCUGAUGACGGCAUGAUUGGCUAUUACCCUACUGUUAGCUGCCAUAAUGGAGGAGCAGUAGAUUGUCGAUUUGAGGCACCUUGGUUCAUUGGGCCCCCUACCGACGAAUUUCCAAACGUGAAGCCCUUUGGUGAUAGAUUCAACGACCAAAUAUGCGAGGACAUACUAGCUGAUAUCGUCGAUGAAGUGGAUGCAAUUUGUACUGGCUGGAAGCUAGAAUUACCAGUUGCGCACACAGCUGGCGGCACGAAUGCUUCCACACCAGCGCCUUCAAACCUACGAGAGGCCAGCGUUGCAAGCGCCCCCACGAGCGUGACCAUAGACGGAGCACCAGAUACACCAAGUGCAAUGAGCCAAGCCAUGGAAUGA